AAUAGUCGUAGACAAACUCCCAACAUCCAGUUUUACUUUGAAAGUUGCACAACAGGAAGUUCUGUAAUAAUGUGAGCGGCUUUUUAGGCUACUGAUAGUCCUGACUCCGCCCCCUUCCUCUACCUGAGACACGCGGUGUCACCUGAACACCUGUAGUACCUGUCCGCACAGGUAGCACGGUGUUGGAGAGCAGCGGUCCGGCGAAUCAGGAGCGACGGCGGGGGCAACUUGUGUCUGCCAUGGCGGAGUCUCAGCUGGUCUGCAUGGACGAGGAACACGUCAACGAGAAGAUCCCGGAGUCCCGGCCGGAGUUUUACUACAGCGAGGAGCAGCGUGCGGCUCUGGAGCAGCUGCUGAGGAACGGGGACGGUGCCUUCAAGAUGCGGCUCAAAGAGGACAACACCAAGGACUUCCUCUCCGCCAGGGAGGUGAAAUUCAUCCGGAAAACUUUCCGUGAGUAUGAAACGGACAGCGACUCCGAGUCCGGAGAGCACGAGAAGUCCAAGGAGUCCUCCAGCGCGGACUCCGGCGUCCACUCCACCUACUGGCCGCAGAUGUCCGACACCGAGGUCCCGUCUCUGGACAUCGGCUGGCCCGGCAGCAGCGGUCUUUACAAGGGGGUGACCCGGGUGUCCGUGUACACCCACCCGCCCAAAGAGCCCGGGCCGCACAUCAAGGAGGUGGUGAGGAGGCUCAUACAGGAAUCACACAAGGUGGUGGCCAUAGUCAUGGACCUCCUGACGGACCUGCAGAUCCUCCAGGACCUGCUGGACGCCUCGUCGCGGCGCGGGGUGGCUGUCUACGUUGUGCUGGAGUCCAGGGGAGUGCCCCACUUCCUGGAUAUGUGCGCUCGGCUGCAGAUUAAUGCAGUGCAUCUGCGGAAUCUCCGUGUGCGGGUGGUGAGAGGCGCAGGGCUGGCCCUGUCCUUUGGAAAACUGCCCGGCUCCCUAUGCUCCAAAUACAUGCUGGUGGACGGAGAGAAGGUCAUGUUUGGGUCUUACAGCUUCACCUGGAGUUCGUCUCGGAUGGACAGGAACACGAUCACGGUGAUGUCGGGACAAAUCGUCGACUUCUUCGACAACGACUUCAGGGAGCUGUACGCGGUGUCUGAGCAGGUGGACCUGUACAGGGAGUUCAACAUCACCAAGCCACCUAUUGCUACGCCCAUCAGGAAGCCAAAGGUGGAGAAAAUCGUGCCUCUGCCCGUCUCCAUGUCUCGCUUUCAAGUAUCGGUUGGUGACUCCAGACAGGUUGAUCUGAAGGUGCCUGCUCAUAAAUACCACAAUCCUAAGUACUCGCUGGUUUUUGGGAACAGCAUGGGCCUUACAGGUUCCCUACAAGACCUGUCGACUCCCAGGGACUCGCUGGUCGGCGGGCUGAACCAGAGGAACGGCCUGCAGAGCAGCUUCCUUCAUGCCAGCAGGAACAACAGGGAUAAGGUGGACCGAGGCUCCCCGCAGAGUCCCGGUUCACCUGCUGAGGAGGAGGACGAGGACGGAAAAGGAGGCUCGAAGAAGAACCAGUCGCCCGGAUCGAAGAAACAGCGCAGCUCCUUCAGGCACUUCCUAAAAGGCAGAGGAGCCAAUCAGAGCACAGAGACUAUAGAGGAAGGUGUGGCCACUCCUCAGAGCCCCUUGCCCACCUGGAAAGUAUCAGAGGCCAAUGGUGUGACAGGAAAUGAGCUGGAGGACUCAUUUGAGAUCAUUGAGAAACCAGGUCCACUGAAAUCCAAAACCAAGAAGCCCUCAAAGCUCAUUCAGAGGAGCAUGUCUCUGCAGACCAUCAACACAGGAGACGAAGACGGAUUCAAAAGCCGCCGCCGGCACCAAAAGAAGAACUGCAUCCAGUCAUGAGAUCAAAAACAACAGUGUGUCAUCGGGCUCAUAAAGAGCAGCUGCAGGAUCUGAUGGUUAAACAUUAUGCGAGAGCUGAGUCACAGUAUCACCUUACUGCAGCCAGGUGAUGUGACUUUACGAGAAGUGAGUCGUUCCACUGCUUCAGUCUGGGUGAGAGUCCUUCGCUGUGCCUCACGAGAAUCACCACCAAACAGAUGUUUAACUGAUCACGUGAGGAAAAACUCCGGAACAUCUUCGGACUUCGUAUCCAAAGUGCUGAUGGAGGAAGAUUCCGUUGCCAUGUUUUGUUUUGUUUUCUAUGUUUUGUAUUAAAUUAUUCCACAGUUAAAGUCUUGUUUUUCCAUAUUACACUGGAACGCUUGAACCCAAACACCACAGAGUGACCGUGGCGUGAUCCAGGCAGCGUGGGUGGAUUACGUCACGCCUCUGGUCGCCAUGGAGACAGGGAAAAGGGAUCAGUUGUGCUGGUGUCCUUGAGUUUCACCUUACAGACGACCCCUGGUAACAGAAGAGUACAGAGUGUGUUGUACAGGCUGUGAAUAAUGUAGCGUCGGCACAGUCCCGCCUCUUCAGAGUUUGUGUAUGUUUGCACUUUGGGAUUUUUGUUUUUAAUCCAGGUGAAAAUAAGAAGAGAUUAAAAAUGUGAAUCUUUGAGAAACACUUGAGACGCAAAUAACCACAUUUUUUUUGUAGCAGGAAUUGAAUUUUUAAAAGUUUUUUUU